UCUGAAGGAGCCUGGGCUGCUUUACCAACAUAACAUUGAAGAGCUGUCAUGGCGUGUUGAAGUGUGUGCUUUUUUGUACACUAAACAUAAAUAAUGAUUCUCAGACAGUUUAUUUUACUUAAAUAUACUAAAAACUGUGUCGGUUAUUGUAAAGUAUCAUGAUUUUUGUGUGUUAGUGAUAUAUAUAGACGCUAGUGUGCGCUAAAAUGGACAAGAAAAAUGCUAUUCGAAGAGCCAAAAGGCCUUCCAAAGUGCUUGAAGAAAAUUAUUGGGAUUGCAGCGUUUGUACGUACAGAAAUAAUGCAGAGGCAUUUAAAUGUUCCAUGUGCGAUGUCAGGAAAGGCACUUCGACACGCAAACCUCGGAUCAAUCCCGCGUUGGUCGCCGCUCAAGCGGCGGGCACGGCGCCCACUAGCUCACAGAAAAGGCCACGCUCAGCAAACUCGCUCAAAAAGAAGCGACGGCAUCCGCCACGGCUCAGCAAUGUUGACCGAAGCUCGGCGCAGACCAGAGAGGUAACUGUGAGCGGUGUUACGGUAGUCAUUACUGAGUACAAACCGAAGAAGUCAGUCUCGAGCAGUUCCAGCGACGUAGAGUCUUCGAACGACGCCCGACCAUGAUCCACUACCGCCCUCUGUGAUCAACGCUCAACUUUACAGAAGUACCAUCUUAUUUAUUUGGUCGGUAACUGACGUUUUGAUGUUUUUGUAUUUAACUUUAAAUGCCAAAUUAAUAAUUGAUUUCUAAGAUAGGAGGUAUUUAUAGUAUUAUUGUACAAGUUGUCAUAAAAGCAAGCGAAGAUUUGGUGUAUAUUUGUUCUAGUUUUAAGAUAUUAGUUUCUUAUGGUUGGUUUAAAGGUAGUUCUCGAUCUUCAUUGUGCUUAUAAAGAAUAGUCGUAUCAAAUUCGAUACAGCUCGAUGAUAUUUUUAUUAAAAUAAAUAAAUAAUGUUAACUUAUCAAGUUACGUGCUCAGGUAUGCGUGGUAGCGGAUUAAUUUGACGGAUUAAACUAACUUUUAUUUUAAUAAUUUACAUCUGUGCUGCAUCAUAUCUAUGUCUGUAAUCAACGAAAACUAUUAGGUAUAUUCCAAAAAUAGUUUUGAACUACAUUUCCCAUCAAAAUAGCACAAUGGAACUUCGAGUAUUUCAACCUCGUAUAAGAUUGAUUGAUGUAUAAAUGUCGUUUAUUUGUGUACGUACACUACUAUUUGUGUGACGGUGGCGCCCUCUGGUGUAUCUUCUAAUAUGCUAUUACGAAUGACGGCUUUAUAUGCUUUACUUGUCUAUUUAUUGAUUUCAAAAGAUUUAUUAAUUGAAUUGCUACAAGAAGACAAGAAUUUAACUGCGUGUAUAAUAAUAUGUUUUAAUUCCUUAAUGCCGCACGAUUACAAAAAAAACCUAAGGUUAGUAAGGUUAAAUGGAACUUAUAUACCAUUCUCGCCCUUGACUGGGCGAGAAUGGUAUAUAAGUUCCAUUUAAGUUCGUUUUUAUAUAUAAUUUUUUUAAAUUAUUUAAUUAAAACAUAAGUAAAUAUUCGUUUGAUUUACAGAGCGUUGCCUAACAUGUAAUUUGUGUGUAUUUGAAAAUAUUUCCAACGAUAAAAUCAAUAAUUUUUUUUUUAUGAGUAGAAUAAAUAUAGGAAACAAUAAGAAAACAGUUUGAAUGAAUUUUUAAAUUAAGGACUGCGACACCUAGACAAGUGAGAUCAUUGACAUAGUUUGAAAUAGAUGACGCAUAAUUUUUUAGCCUAAGUAAAGUUAAGCAACAAAUUCCAGUACCUUUUUGAAAUCCACGAUCAUAACUCUCACCGUACUGGUUUCGCUUUAAAUUCUUUUCUCCUACAUUCUUUACGGCUCUGGAACGCGAUUCCUAAUACCAUUAAGAGACUACUGACUAAACCGUCUUUCAAAAAAAACAUUAAUGCUCACUUUUGUACUUUAUCCGAGCAGUAAAUACUUUAUUUUAUUCUCAGUUUCGUCUAUAAUAUAGUAUAUUUUAUAUAUGUUUAAGUAUAUGUGUUAUUUAUAUAUAUUUAUUCGUUUAUAUAUGUAAUUUUAGUAUGUAUGUAUAACAAUAAUUACUAGUACCGCAUUCGAGUAUUCUGACAUUUCUCUAUAGUUGACUGGGAUAGAAUGCUUUUAGCAUUAAGUCCGCCAUAUACACAUAUAUAUACUAAUGAAUAAAUAAAUAGAAUAAAUAAACGCCUCGGAAAUUUUGGUUUCGCUGCCCAUGAGAUUGACAUCGAAAAAAUUUGAUUACGAACUGAAACAGCAACAAGCGGUAUCUUGGUAUAUUUUUGAUAUAGAAGUGUGGGCCGUUUUGCAUCAUAAUUUUCCUCUUGUAGAUUAAGAUACUUGUGACAUCUAUUGGUAUUAAGUAAAGCAGUGAUCACAAUUCUAAAUAGUUUAACAACUGCAGUUUUAGUCUAUUUGUGAUUAGACUCUAAAUACAGCCACAAAAAAAAAAUUACACUGUGACAGAGGAGGAACCUUGUCUGACAUAAAAAGUAAAAUAUUAGGUACGUAAGUGUAUCUAAUAGUGGAUUUAUUAUUGGGAAUAAUCACAUAUAAUAAUUUAAAUAGAUGUCACAAUACGAAUCGUAUCUACUUCGCGUAUUUUGUUUCUUUAUUUUAAAUUUAAUUCCAGCUGAAUAUCGAUUAGAAUUCCUAUAUGAAAUCUAUUUGUUAGUAAACAAAGGUAAUAAAACAACACCCAGUUGUUAUUUUUGAAAGAAUUUAGUGCGGAAGACGUAUGUAGUCAAUAGUUUUUGUGACACCACAUAGUUUAGUAGUGAUAAAUUGUCGUGUAAAUUAAUCAGCUUGCGUCGUCCAUUCCUAUCUAUGUCUAUGGGUAUCAGACAACUUGCACGAUCAUAUAAUACUAUAAUACCGGACCUUGAAAACGAUUGUCAGUGACGGCUAUUUAUUUAGAUUAGAUAUAAAAUUAAGCUUUAAGACGUAGUGGUAAUCUAAAAUUUUCCUAUCUUUUGACUAUAUUUUUAAUUUAUAAUGUUUUGUCCAUAAUAAUAUUUUAGUGUUUCCCUCUCAUGUAGUUAGUAUUUUAUUUUUGUGUAACAAUAAUUAUACUGUUGCUUAAUGUGUACUUGUAACUAUAACUUAUACUAAAUUAUUGUAAUUUAUAUAAUGUGUAAAUUGUUUUUCAUAAAAAUGAAACCGUAAAAUAUGGAAUUGUAAAUAAAAAGUAAAGUCCAGCUGGUCACUGCCAAAAUGCUUGUAUGUACAUAAGGAGGAUUAUUUGGCGGUACGGCGUAGUCUUAAAACUGUUAUAAUCGGAUAAUUAAAAAAGAAUGUUGUCAUUCACCUGUCAGUCUGCGACAAAGUGUCAGAAUGACAAAACUGUGGGUUUUAAAAACUAAAUUGUAAUGACAUUUAAAAUUCGAAUUCGCUAUUUUUUUCUUUUUCUAUUUUCGAUGUUUUAUCGUAUGACUUUUUAAAUUUAAUGCAAAUUUUUUUUUUAUUUUAUUUAGUAUCGUUACUAAAAUUAUAUUUAUAAUUAUUAAAUUAUAACCAAUGAUAUAAUAAUAGUUGUCUCCCGCGCAAUCCCUAAUCUUUACUAAACUACAUAGUUUUCGUGGGAAACAUUUAUGUUAAAUUUGUUUUGAUUGUGCGCUAAUAUUUAAAGCAGUUAUUAUUUCAGUUUUUUUUUUUAUAAAUAAAUAUUAUCUUACGUUUUAACCUACGUGAUUUAAAUAUAAAAAAUAUAUUCUGUAUUAAUCAGGAUAGAUUAUUAUGAUCAAUUUACCCACAAAAUUUCCUUAAAAUCCGUGUAAGUGUUAUUAAGCAACUUAUAUUUUUAGCAAAAUAAAACAAUUAUACAAUAUACUUUAAAUAAAUUCUAAUACAUACAUACAUACUAAUACGAUUGUUUGGCCUAUCUUCCAGAUAAGUUCCGGCCUUAGAUUAUAGAGACUAUCGAACCUCAAAAUUCAACUUUGUUAAUUAACUGGCUCGUUUUUUUUUUAUUAGUAUACUAUAUACUUACGCAUAAAAUGUAUCUUGACAUAUUAUUUAAUAAAUAAAAUGAGUGUUUACUCAUUAAAAAGAUGCAGAAAUUAUAAGACUAAAAUAAAUAUAGAAGUUAUAAAGGAAUCACUCAUGACUAUCACGUAAAAAUGAAUGAGAAAUUUGACUUGUUUUUCUCGAAGCAUUUCUGUAGAGACACUAUCUAUAUAAUCUGAGGUCCUGGAAACUUGAUCGGGUUUGAAAGUAUGUAAAUGUGUAGGGAUGCAAAUGUAUACUGAUGUAAUUGAACGUAGAUUCGGUAAAUUGUUGAAGCAUGAAAACGGAAUUAACUCUCCCAAAUUAAGUCAGGGCGUCCUCUAGAGAACUUUGCCAAUGAGUACUUUGAUCACAUGGAGGUCAGUGGUUUUAAGGAAUAGAUGUAACGAAUGUUUAUUUGCCACUUCAUGUAUAUACUUUGCAUAAUAUUUUUUCCCUGCAACUUAGAAUGGCAAACAAGCUGACGGCCCACCUGAUGGAAAGUGGUAACCGUCGCCUAUAGACAUGAGCAGUACCAUGGACAUAACAGAGUAUACUGUUUCGUCUAUGAUAAUCCAUGAUAAUAUUGACAUGUAUGUAUAAUAGAAAAUGAUUAAUUUAACAAUAAAUUGAGUCGAAUUCUUCUAUUGUUAUCAAAAUGGAAGAGUUGUGAUUAUCAUUUAGUUGAUUCCAAUGAUUUUAUUUAUGAUAUAUGACAAUUCUAAUUAAAUUCUAAUUUAUUGAUUUUUUUUUAUUACUUCAGUAAUAAUAACACCAAAUGUAAAUAUAAUGUUUCUAGAAAGAAUCUGAGAAGUAAAUGAAUCUGAGAAGAGAAUGUGACACUUUUUAUCCAUGGUGGGCAAAAUACCCUGUGAAAUUGCCAUGCAUUGAACAUGCAAUUAUAUGCAUAAAACAAUAUAAAUAUUGUAUUGUAUUGUAUUGUAAAAUCUUUAUAGUACAUAAUUCAAAUUGAACACUGAUAAAUGAUUUAAUAUACAAUGGCGGACUUACCCCAUAAAGGGAAAAUAUUGUUGUUAAUCAAUAGUACUCCGCGGAAUAUUUCGUAUCUAGCUAAACUCUACGCAUAUAAUACGGGUAUUUCGUCCACGAAAGAUAAAAUUUUAGUUAAAAAAAAAACUACGUAUUUUAACGGAAAUAUGUGUUUAUAAAGUGAAACGGUUGAUAUGCAUUUGACGGACAAAAAUGUACGUCGAGGUAUUACCAUCGUAUGCGCGAGCCUUUUCAACCGAAUUAAAAAAAAAGGCUCUGUUGUAUUUUUAAUGGUUGUAUACCUCAUAACUCCGUCAGUUAUAAACCGAUUUAGAAAUAUCUUUUUUUGUUUGUCUAAAAAUAUAUACUUUCAGUUUGGUUCAAUAGUUAAUUUUGAAAACAAAAUAACUGGUUAUUGCCACAGUUGAAGUCUUUGUGAAAUAUCAUAAUAAUAUUUAGUAAAGUCAUUAUUGUUUUCACAUUUUUAAUUUUUUUUUUUAUAACUCUAUGAAAUAACAUCUAAUCUAUCACACCACAUGUUCAAGCAUUACUUUCAUUACUUGUUUUCUACAUUGGGUAAAGAAAUAUUAAAAAAGAAAUAUUCAACAUAAUCCAUAGUUUGUUAUCAGUUACCAAAAAUCACAGACAGCCCCAUUUGUGUGUUCCGUGCGUUAAGUAUUUAUUGUAGCUUUAAGGGCAUUUUUUUUUAAGUUAUUUAAAUUAAAAAUGUAAUUUAUUUAAUUAUUUACAAAUUGAAAUGUUUAGCCUACUUUUUUAUUUAUUUUUUAUUGUACACAAGCUUAAUGGUAACAUUUUAUUUUGAAUACAAUCUAAAAGGGCGAAGUUCGCCUUUUUCUUUUUGUUUAUACUAAUAAAAAACAAAUUCGGUAUUAAUUCCAGAAGUCUGGUUAUUCAAGGCUUCAUUUUACAAAUUAAAUAGUGCCCUGUCAUUUUGCGUUCAAUCUUCUCAUAUUCGUUCAUCAUAAUUCAUAUAAGCCGUUAAUUAUCCGCUACUGAACAUAAACCUCCCUUUUCGGAGGUUUAGCCAGUUGUUACCAUGUUUGGCAGGCGCGUUGGCAACCGCAGUUAACCCUUCUUUGCAUAAUGGUGGAAAUUUCCAUCGUAACAUUGAAUGCCCAAAAAUUAUAUAAAAGAACAAGUUCACUUUAAGUUGAUCGUGUCUGGAUACCUUUUUAAUGUCCAUUGCAGAAAAAAAGCACAUAGCUGUCAAAUUUCUUUUUUUAACCAUUUUUUCCUUUAAUUUUAUACAUGAAUUGUAUAUCCUUGAUUUAUUUCACCAAUAAAAAAAUAAUGCAAAGAAAGGUUAAGCUUUGGUGAUGUUUUAAUAGGAAUGCUAGUGCCUGUCCUUAGACCAUUGUUCUCUUAGUCACCUCUUACGACAUGGGAAAAGAAGGGGUGGCUCGUUCUAUGCCGGGACCGCACGGCAAUUAAUGUUCAACAAUGCAUAAUAUUUUUUUUUGUAAUUUCAUUUACAUAUUUAUUUAUUCCUUUUCAAAUUGUAUAUAGAUAUUUAGUAUUUAUUUUGGUGAAUUGAUAAUAUCUAGGCGUAUGUUUAAGUAGCAAUUCCAAAUUGCUAGUACUAUUUAUAGAUAUUGCUAAAACGUGGUACUAAAAAUGUAUUGAUUUUUAAAACAUUUAACGCAUCUCUAAAAAUCAGUCAAUAUGAAAGACUUUCAUAUUAGAUACUACAUAAUUCUUUCAAACGUAAUAUCCAGCCAUUUUUGAACGGAAGAUUUAAUUGUCGAUUCAUAUUUAUUGUCUAGUCCAUGGACAUUAAACAUUUUUAUCACUUUUGGCGGGAAACGUUAUGAUUGGUCGAUUCAUGACAAAUUUACUUGUGAUUGGUCUCUAAUUUAAACAAUGCCUUAGGCGUAUACAGAUGCUUUCAGUCUGAAUAUUUAAAUAUCUUUUUUAUUUUUUUUUUUUUUAGUACUCGCCAAUAAUGUUAGUACUUCGAUCUUUGUAGCGCAAAAUUAGACAAAUUUGUUGUCUUCUUAAUUAAGAAUCAAAAGUAACUAACAAUCCAAUUCUUGCGUAAUUUUAUCUUCAUUUCUAGUACUGUUAAAGACCCCCAGUGGAAAUAAUAUUCAAAAAAAUUCAAACAUUUAAACUCCCUAGACAAGUGGCAAACAAUAUAUGUUUUUGUUAUAGCUCGCAUUAGAAAGCACAAGACAUCUCGUGUCGUCUCUUUGUAUCUUAUGCACACGAUAGCGAUAUCGUAUCUAUCGUGAGCGAUAAUCUAAAAGAUGAAUUUAAUUUUAAUUGUUUUAAGUGUACACCUACAUACCUAGUGUGGGUUCUGUAAUAAAAUAUGUGGUAUAAUUAGGAAUUGAUUGGAAAGCACUUCUAGUGACAAAGGUUCUUUAUCCUUUUUUGAUAUUGUACUAUGGUCGUGUACCAUUUGUGUCGAGAGAAUGAAUGAUAGUUUGUGUGAACAUAUCUCUAAUCUAUGAUUCUAAAACUAGGAAUUCGUAGACAAUUAGUGCCCAGUUAGUGCCAAUUAGUGCCAUUAGAUGAAAAUUGGUACUUCUGUAUAUAAUCACCAUCAUAUACCAUAAACAACCCACUUUUAGACACUGGUCUUUUACCAUAAUAAGGUGAUAUUAGCUUACUGUUACCACCUACGGUGAAUAGGCAUCUCAGUAGGUUUACUCUCGAGAUUUCUUUAUCUAUGACAUCGGGGUCGAUUCUGAAGCGCCAUUGUUCUCUAAACCUAUCUCUAAUAAAAAAAUUCAAUUUGAUUGUAGAGACCAAUAUGAACUAAAUUUCUAAUACAUUCAAAUAAAAAUUAUUAUAAAUUUGAUUUUUGAUGGUCCAUAAAAUAAUAGAUAAUUUCGGAGAAUUAUCAAAUUAAAAGUUUUAAGAAAUAAGUUUGUUGCUUCAGAAUCGACCCCAGUGAUGUAUCAGACGUUAUUUUUCGAUUCUUACAAGGGACAACAACGAUCCCUUCGUUGGUCCUGAGUUAGAAAAGGAGGGUGUAGAGGUCGCCCUGCGAUCCUUCUACGACGCCUUCAAUUUUCAUUCAUUAAAAAAAAUAUAGGCCCGCAAUAAAUUUUAUAAUUAUAGUUUUCAAAUACAGAAGAGCUAAUUCUUAUCUUUGGGUAUAAAUUAGUACUAUUUAAAUGCAGAUAAUUUUAUUGGGGUGUAUGUGACAAGGGAGAAGCGGUUGGCGAUUUUGAAGCUAAAUUGGUAUUGUAGAGAAUUUGAAUAUAAGAUAUGUAGGCGAUGUGAAGGAUAGGAUAGAAGCGAAUAGCUAUUUGAAGUGCUCUCUCCGUAUCUUGAAAAAUUAAAAAAAUAAAUUUCAUUACAAAUGGGUAAACGUCAAGAGUUCUUACCACAAAUAAGUUGAACUUGCAAUAGACAAUUAUAUUAAACAUAUGUUGAAUUAUCUUACUACAGUAAAGGUGAUUAAUACAGUAGAAUCUCGAUUAUCCGGAUCAAAUAAAACUAGAGAUGUUCCAUAUAAUCGAAAAUCCGGAUAAUCAAUUUCAAAGUCAAACAAUACAUAGAAUAAUCUUAAGAUUUUUAUUAUGUAAAGGGUUUUACAUGCGUUAUUUAGACAAUACGAUAUAAAAAAAUUACUGGCUGUAAAGAUAAUGGUUUACAUAACACCUAUUUGCCCAAUUAAUACAUAAUACCAUUUCUAAAACGGUAGUUACAGCCGUGAAGAAUAAGUCAAGAUAAUCGAGAUUCUACUAUAUCUAUUUAUGUCUAAUCAAAAGAAACUCUGCCUUAUUAAAAAUAAAUACUAAUUAAUACACUUUACUAUUAUAAUUUAUAGAUUAUGGCAUAUAAAAUUAUAAUUAAAAAUUAUGACAUUGAUAAAACAAUGUUUAACUGCACUUUUAAUUCAAUAAAAAGAUAUUAUUUAAUUACUCAGACAGAGUUUUCGUAAACACUGUUUAGAUAGGCAGUUUUUAAAGUUAUUUUUGUAGUAAGACCGAUAAAGUUAUCGUUUGUUGUCCACCAACUUGUAUGUCGAAUCACAUACAACAGAAUUUGUUCAUAUUUUCAUACGCAUAUUGGUAAUGGUCAACUGAAUAGAGUGACAGCGUAGAGCGAUUGCGAAAUUAAAUUAACAAUUAUUUUUGUAGUGUCCCCUUAAUGAUUGGUCUUUAAUAUUAAGGCCAAUCAUGAAUCAAACAUGUCACUCGCGCGACGAUGUUAACUCAAUGUGUAAAAAAUAGUUGUAAGUAAAUGUUAAUUAUUUGUAAGUUGUAUAUCGAUGUAUUGUAUUGUAUAUAAAGAAGUGGAAAUGAA